AUGAAUCAAGAAGCUUCAUUUUCAGAAAUCGAGAGAAAACUUAAAAAUCAUUUAGUAGAAAACCAUAUACCCGAUCGAAAUCUUCAAGCAAUAUUAUUAAAUUCAUCAUUGCCUUUGCAUGUCACUGUGCUUGGUUUUUUGAUUAUUACCCGAACGAUUAUAGAUAUUAAAGUUGAUCCACUCAUCGUACCUCGCAAUUAUCCCGAAUCGAAAAAAAUGUAUGCGCGCCAAUUGAUUCACCAAUCGGCAGAUCAAAACGAAAUGUAUGCUCAAUUUCUUUUGGCGAUUUCGUAUCGUUCUGGGCUUUGGCAUGUUCGUGAUAAUGAUCAGGCGUUCCAAUGGUAUCAAAAAUCUGCGAAAUCUAAUAACUUGGUAGCAUAUCAUCAUCUGGGAACUUGUUACCAAUAUUCAAUUGGAUGUAGGAGAGAUAUGGAUAAAGCAUACAAAUGUUAUUCGAAAUUCGGAGAUGGAUUUCAAGACGGGUUGAUGUCAUUUUAUUUAAAAGGAGAAGCAACUAUAGUACCCAGUAUAAUUGCCGGUUCAGUUGGUGGUAGAUGGACAGACGCGGAUCGUACAUCUAGACCAGCAACAUUUGUUGAAUUUUGCUUGGGUGAUGUUAAAUUUCUUCGAACUGUUAGCGGUGAGUCGGUGUUUCCGUAUUUGACUAGGCAUUUUGAUAACCUUGAACAUUUAACUUUUGCCAAAGCUUUACAUACA